CCAUGGCAACGAGGUUUGUUGUCAUUAGCAACCACCACAACGUCCGUGCCUGUGGUUACAGUUAGGUGUAACGUUAACUAGCAAGGAGUUAAUGAAUAUAAUAUUGUUAAAAUAAAGAAAACCUACGGUGUAAGGUCGCUAACAAUGGAUUCAAAUUCGUUGUACUAUUCUUUUGAACUCGUUGCCGGUAGUGGCCUUACCUUAAACGUUGAGCAAAGAGCCGCACUGCAGACUUCCCUGGUGAUCAUGAAGAAAAACUACAAGUUCCAUCGUGUCCUGUUUUGGGGCAAAAUAUUGGGAUUAAAGGAGGAUUAUUUUAUUGCUCAGGGGAGAGGAGAAGAUGAGAUGAAAGAUAGAAAGAAUCUAUACAGCUUCAACUGCAUGGACUGGUUCCUGCUUCCAUCUGUCACAGACUCUAUGAUUAAGGAAGUGUCUAAAGCUGCAAAGGGUCGCUUCAUAGGAGACCCCUCAUUCGUGUAUGAACAUCUUGAGACCCAUAAACAAGGAGAGGGGGAAGAGGCUGUAGAGGAGGAGGUAGUGACCAAAGUGAAUGAGGAGAAGAGGCUGGCUGUGUCAGUUCAUCUGAUCGACAAAGAAGUGUCUGUGGUACCUCGUGGUGCCUUCAUCAAAAGUCCGCAUGGCCUUGUUCAGAUCAACCGCAGCUUUGGUGGUCUCUCCGAGUCAGAGACAAGGAAGCUUGACAAUUUCCUGCACUUCAGGGAACCAAAGAAUUUAAAGAAGAAAUCCAUCCUGGAGAUGGGUGAAUUAAAUCCAGCUACUGACUUCUUGGACGUAUUGAGUGAUGACAUUCCUAAAGGAUCAUGGAGUCUUCAGUUUGAAUGCACCGGCAAAGUGUGCGUGCUUCGCAGCCUGCUGUGGCUCGGACUGACCUUCUACCACGUACCGAUGACGCCGCAGCACGGGUACAUGUACAUCGGUAAUGGGAGCAAGAAUUUGGACCUUUGUUUCAUGCUAUGAAAAGAUCCAUCUUAGAUUUGUUUCAAGGUACAUAUUACAUUAUCCAAUUCUUUUAGUUUUGUCAUAACGCAAAUAAACUAAGAGGAACAGUCAA